AAAUCUGCAUUUGUCUCAUGUAAUGGCGGCAUCCUUGUUUAUGCGGUGAGAUACGUAUUACACUGAACCUAAUCUAAGCAUGCCCAGGAGUAAGAAGCGUGGAGCUGCGGCUGCCAAGGAGAAGGCAGUGGCCGCAGAAGAUGCUCCUGUCAAAGAAUCGCCGGCCGGGAGAAGAAAAAGAGGAACAGCCUCCCAGAGCCCCGCCCCCCAAAAACCAGCCCCAAAAGCCUCGCCCAGUCCAGCUCCCAGAUCAAGGAGCAGAGGUACAGCAAGAGGGAAAUCGCAAGGAAAAGGUGAUAGUGCAGAAGAUACUGGAAGAGUAACCAGAGCGGUGGUACAGGAAGCAGAAGAUUCUCCCAAACGAGGCCGUUCCACUUCCAGGCGGGGGAAACCAGCCAGUGAACCUGCACCACAACCA